CUGACCACCUGAGAUUAAUCCCAUGGGGCCCGCGCGGUGUAAGGAAAGAACUGAUUCCUAAAAGCUGUCCUACACAGACAAAAAUAAAUAACCGUAAAAAAAUAAUUAAAAGAUGUCCAUUAAGAAAUCCCUAGCAUCCCUAACGUUCCUCAUUCCGUUUCCUGGCAAGUCUGACAUCGCAAGCACACACUCUAACUCUGCCCCCUCCACGAGGGACCUCGGGUGUCCCUAGACUCCCAGGCCUGAGAAUAGCCAAAAGGAUGAGCCUCUGAGGUAGCUGUCGAGGCGAUCCCUCCGCAGCGGACAGCGACACACUCUGGCGCCUCAACUCUGCUUCUCUCCGGAUCCGUCACGCUGGACCCCAUCUGCAACUCGCCAAGUCCUCGCGACCGAGCCGCCCCUCGGGAGCCCCGGCUCCCGGGGUCUGCGUUUCUUGGGCGGAGCCGAGUGAAAGGUUUCUCUGGACCACCGCCCCAGCGGGCCCGUUACAUCACUGACGCGCGAUCCGAUCCCCUCCUGGCGGGCUGGGGAUUCUCCCGGGACUCCCGCCAGCGCCAAUCAGGUCUCUAGGCACCUGCCCCCAUCCCCGGCCACCUGGAGGAGCUGGGAGGCUCCGGGCUGGGUAGCCGGCCAGCCGACUCGGAGCCGGGGCGGGCGGAGCGGCCUCACGUGGGCCGGCCCGGCCACCGGCGCCGGGAGGAAGGCGCGCAGAGCCCGGGGCAGCGCCUCCGGAGAGCCACGGAGGAGAGCGGCAGCCCGGGCCGGGGAACCCACGAGACGGUUACCCGCGCGGAGGGCGCGGGACGGCGCGGCGGACGGACCGCAGGGCUCCCGCUGUGGAUGUGCCCGGCGCCGGAGCGCUGUCGAGGGCGCCCGAACACCCAGCACGGACCGAUGAUGCCCUCGGCCAGGAUGGAUCCCCAGCUGCUGUCUGCUCAUGUUCAGCCGGCAUGACUGCUCCAGCUGUUUCCUGUCCUCGUUCCCUUCACUGAAUAGUUUGAUGGGGCGCCGGGCGGAUGACAGCGGGAACAGUUGUGAUCACUGGCGGAAUCCUAGCUACAGUGAUCCUCCUCUGUAUCAUUGCUGUCCUGUGCUACUGUAGGCUCCAGUACUAUUGCUGCAAGAACAGCACAGAUGCCGAGGAUGCAGAGGAGGAGGAGGAAGAGGAGGAGCACGACCUCUCCAUCCAUCCCCGAGCCCCCACCUGCAAUGCCUGCAGCUCCCAAGUCCUGGACGGCAGAGGCAGCCUGGCACCCCUCACCAGCGAGUCCUGCAGCCAGCCAUGUGGGGUGGCCAGCCACUGUACCACUUGCUCCCCGUACCACACCCCCUUUUACAUACGGACAGCUGACAUGGUGCCCAAUGGGGGUGGAGGCGAGAGGCUCUCCUUUGCUCCUACACACUACAAAGAGGGGGGAACCCCAUCCCUCAAACUGGCAGCACCCCAGAGUUACCCGGUGACCUGGCCAAGUUCUGGGCAUGAGGCCUUCACUAAUCCAAGGGCUAUUAGUACAGAUGUAUAAUCCUUUCACCCUGAUCUAACACACACCCAACACUGCUGUCCCAGCAGGAGCAAUGGAGUGGUGAAGGGAACACUCCGAUAGCCCCCUCCCUCCCCAGGAACCAUCUCAGUUUCUCUGGCUUCCAUAGCAGAGGGUUCACAAGGAUGUGAACUAUUGAAUGCAUGAGGACCAGGGCAGGACCCAUCUCCAGCCCUGUGGCCCGGAGGUGGAGCCUGAGAAGUCUACAAUGUCCCCGGUUUCUCCAUGCCACACCCCUUCCAGCAAGCCCAAACCCUUUGCUUUCCUGGGCUCCGUAAAAGAGAACCAGGGAAAGCUAGGCAAAGGCUGGUGAGGCUUCCAGAGACCUUGUGAAAUCAAGUAGGCGUGCCUAGAGGGAGUGGACCAAGAGGGAAUGGUGAGAACUAGACAUUCUGGAAUUUGAGAGGAGACAGAAAAACGUGUUAAAGGAUCCCCUCACAGUUUGCUUGCUGGAAUGCAUCCAUGAGCUAACUUACACUCUAUUUUUUACUCAGUUUGCCUUCUCCAAUAUGUAUAUUGAGUUCUGGAAACACCACAUCUGCUACCUAGCCCCUCAAAUUGACAUCAAAUUGACACUGAGUGCCACAGCACACAGCUGAUUAUGGGGACUAGAGCAAGAAGAGUCUAUAUAACCUUGUUUCCCCUUCAAGUCCUUUCUUAUGUCUCCUGCCAGAGAACCUUUUCCGGGUUUUAAUCACUAGAGUUCUAGAAGCCUAGUACUGAUUAUCCCUGUUCCUCCAUGCUUAACCACAGGUGUAGAUUCGGCCCUAUGAGUGUGUGGGUGGAUGCCCAUUCCUGAGGGUAGGGGGCCGUACCCUCUCAUGUACUCAUCACCAUCAGCAGCCAUGUGGCUUUACCUCCUUCAAGAGCUGCAGAGCAGAAAGGUCCAGGGUACCAACAAGAAAGAAAAAUAUUGCCCUCUAGCAGCUGGACCAAAAAGGCAGUUAAAGUGGCCAGUCUCCAUGGCAACCAGAAGAAGGGACCUGAGGUAAUGCUGCAGCGGUUAAAUUUCCACAAACCUGCGCAAGCUCCUCUAGAGGAUGGUGCACCUACCCCUUGAGCGCCCAUCUGUGAUGUGACAUUAUGAACAGGACCAUUUUAUUCCAUCAGGAGCCAUGCCCUUCUCUCCUGAGCUGGGGGUGGGGUGCGGGGCCUGGCUCCUGAAGGUUGGCUGUGUCUUAGUAAGUAGACCUAAUGCUUGCCUGCCCUCUUUUGGCCCCCUAACUCCCCAGUCUCAUGUUGAUGAGCUAGUUUGCAGUCUUACUCUAGUCUCAAGUCCCCCCACCCCCCAUUUAUCACCCAGCAGUGGCCUUAUGUGUUUCUAUUGUUGUUUAUUUGUUUUGUUUGGCUUAGAUCUUUUUUUUUUUUUUUUUUUUGGUAAGUACUGGUGAUAAGUGCUCCAGUUACUGCUGUGAUCAAGGGUCACUGUCCCCACUUCUAAGGGUUAACUCCAGAAUCUCAUGAUGCUGUGGAGGGUGAGCCAAGAGAAGGGCUGGUCCUUCUCCUGAAAUCUUGGCUGGUUUGACAGAAAGCAGGAUGCACCUCUCAUCAUCAAGUGUAGAUAAUGAACGCUUGGUUAAGAAGCAGAAGACUCGCUCUGGCCACAUUGUGUUCACUCCUGAGACCUGGCUAUCUUCAUCCAGUCAGGUUAUCUUCACUGAGACUUACAUUUUUCUCCAGGGAGGCAAAGCUUGCCUAGGUGGACUAAAAACGUCCCUUACUGUUCUACAAAUCCAAGACUUCUUAGAAAGACCUGCUAGUCAGUCUUUCCUCUUGCCGUCAUCCUGGCCUGGGCUGUAUUAACUCUCCAGCAGUCUGAUCUGGGCACAGGAACAUUUGUUGUGAGCUGGAAACCACAAAAGGGGUGGGAGAAAGCUCACACAAUUAGAAGACAAAGUCAUUUCAAUUGCUGCUGAAAGGCAAACAAGUCAGACCUAGGGCUGUAUCUCUGCUGAGUUCUUGCUGGGUUUACACAAGGCCCAGGGCUCAUAAAACCUAGCAUGGUGGGCAUGACUCUAAUUCCAUCAUUCCAGAGAUAGAGGAAGGCAGGCAGGAGUUGCUCAGUCAUCUUUGGCUACAUACGAAGUUCAAGGUCAACCUGGGCUACCUGAGACCCUAUCUCAAAAACAACAAAAUGUUUGUUCAGCCCCUAACUGAGCAGCCUCAAAUGGCAAGCACUGCCACAGGAAGCCACCUCAGGAGUAUUAACGAGAUGUCCCCCUGUGCAGAGGGGUGGCUCCGCAGCUCCGGCACACCCAUCUCCACCAUCUGCCCAUCCUGGGACACGCGCAACCUUUGACUUGCUGCUGGGCAUGGCAGCAAGUCCCACUUCCUCACCACCAGCCCAGUGCCUUGCUCUCCUGUGGUUCCAACAGCUAUGACUUCCUUCACCCCACAUAACAAUGCCAUCAUCGUACAAAUGCCUUUGGGUAAACCGAGACAACCCAGCCAACUGUAACCCACUUGUGUAGUCGGGGCCUCUGGGUAACAAAGUACCCUUUGCCUUUGUGUCUCCUGUAGCUUUCUCAGCUUAAGCCACAAGUCAAGAUCUGGAUCCCAGGUGUCAGAGGGGAGGUGGAACACACCUUCCCUUCAGCCCACACCGUUUGAGGCCCAGGCUCCACCCUAGGCUGCAGGUCGGUCACCUGACCCCCUCACUCUUCACUGUAGCAAUGUGAGCUCCAUCCUGGGGAAGAGAAAGGUCACCCAACUUGGCUAUCCUGUCCCUUUAGCUGUUGAGUCUACCAUGAGACACAGUUUGUACACUCUUCAAACUGAACCGUAAACAGGAAGAGAAGGAGGAGGGGUCAGGGAAUAGCCCGUCCUCUCCACGGUCCUUCUCCGCGUCACUCCACUUCUCCUGCUGCAGAUUUCUUGUCUUGCAUCUUUGAUAUCUUGGAACACAACCAAGCGAAUGUCAAAAUAAACGAGAGAUUUUAAAUAGAAAACCCAGAGGGUCUUGCAUUCUUUCCCCGGGGAGGGGCAGCCGUGCAUGGCGUUAAAAUGAUACUCAUUUGAACACCCAAAGUAUCCGGAAUCUACUCACUUCUUUUCCUCUUUUACCUACACAUUAACAAAGCUCUCACUUUAUUGCAAGGUAAUCCUCUUUGCUGAGUCAGUAUUCACAACUAGGGAGGGUUUCCUGUUUCUUAGAAAAGGGCUUUAAGUGUGUUAGAGAUAAGUUCCGGGGUAUAAAGAAAGAGACCACAACUCCAGCUGAAGUGCCCGGAGAAGGCAAUGUUCACUAUUCUGAGGAGCGAGCACACCCAGACAGGAAGCUCCUUUGGUUUUUAUUCUCACUCAAGGGGUGACUGUCUUUUCCCCAUUGCCUGGGAUCUUCACAGUCUUAUUCAGUUGUCUAGUCUAAAAAGAAUUAGUGUUCCAGAACUGAAAGGGGAAGAAGGAAAGGAUCACUUCUUCAAGGAAAAAAGGGGCCACUUGCUGCUCAGGCUUUCACUUAACAGAAAACAGCAUGACCUUUGUGUAAACAAAUAUUUUACUGGGUGGAAAGGUUAUUAAAAUUUUUUGUAUAGAAGUCCUACUUGGUGGGGGAAAUAAAAAGAUGUGAA